ACAUUAAACGUUGAAUCAACUCUCUCCACGUCGUUUGUCCAUCCUUGAGCACUUCACUUCUUGCUGCAGUUUCUCCGUCCCGAUUCGAGUGCAUCGAGCUCUAUUGGCCAAGUCACAGAAGGGGGAGACAGACGGGGAAAUUCCUCCGUGGUGCUCAGAUUUCGCCAAUCUAAUUUUCCUCUCCUCCUUUGUCUCAGUCGGAACACUGCCGUCUCCCCUUUGCCUUUGGGUCAUCACCCGCUAACAUGAUGUUUCGAAGUGUCCUUUUGUGUCUACUAGUCGCAGUCGUUUGCUGUCAUGCCGAGGAGGGGAAGAGCAAGUCCAGGGUGUGUGCCAAUGUAUUCUGUGGGGCUGGCAGGGAGUGUGCUGUGACAGAGAAAGGGGAACCUUCCUGCCUGUGCAUCGAGCAAUGUAAACCUCACAAGCGCUCUGUGUGUGGCAGUAAUGGUAAGACGUACCGCAACCACUGUGAGCUCCACCGCGACGCCUGCCUGACCGGCCUAAAGAUCCAGGUGUACCACGACGGUCACUGUGAAGAGAAAAAUACAGACGAAGCUGUUGCUGCUAGCCCAAUCGUGUGCUACCUGGCCAACAGGAACGAGUUGCGCAGCCGGGUCAUCCAGUGGCUGCAGAAUGAGGUGGUCCCUGACGGCUGGUUCGCCAAGGGCUCCAACUUCUCCAACAUCCUGCUCAAGUACUUUAAGGACAAUGACAAUGGAGACUCCCAGCUGGAUUCCACUGAGUUCCUUAAGUUCCUCCAGCACAACGAAACAGCCAUCAACAUUACGUCACAUGCUGACGAGGAGAACAACCGCCUGCUCAGGAGCCUGUGUGUGGAUGCCCUCAUCGAGCUCUCAGACGAGAACACGGACUGGAAGUUGAGCUUCGAUGAGUUCCUAAACUGCUUCAAGCCUGGCUUCAACCCACCAGAGAGAAAGUGUGCCCUGGAGGAUGAGACCUAUGAGGACGGGGCAGAGACUCAGGUGGAGUGUAACCGCUGUGUCUGUGCCUGUGGGAACUGGGUCUGCACAGCUGUGACCUGUGAAGAUAAGGUGCCUGCUGUGGAGAAGACUGAAGGUGCUGACCAGGAGAUGACAGAGGAGGAGUGGACACGGCGAGUGGCUGAGCUCAAUAAACAUCAGGAAACUGUGGAGAAGAUGAAAGUGAGCACUAAGGACAUUUGAGAGAGAGAGAGAGAGAGACCUUUUUCAGUCCCACCAUCAACAAUCACUAUCUGGCUGAAGCUUUGGAGCUUGUACUGUUGCUAAAGGAAUGAUUGUUUUUAGAUUUAAAAUGUUAAUUAUUAUGAUUUUUUAAAAACUGUACCAAUGUCUAUUGUAAUAUUAUUGUGUAUAGGGGAGACUAGUUUAAUUGUGUGUACCGUACCGUCAAACACAGUCCUGUUAUCCUAUUUGAGUAACACUCCGAAGACUUGGUAAGAAUCCAUGUCACCUAGUGGUGGGGUAAUAUUUGUAUUCAUUUGAGUUCAUUUGUUGUUUUUGUUUUCUGUCAGUCAAAUGAGGUCAUCUAUAGAAAAGAGAAGAGUGUGUGAAUUGGACAUAAUAAGGAAAGCACAAGUUGUAAGAACUACUGUUAAAAGACAAAUGACUUCACAGUUGCCACGUCACAUACCCAACCCCAUCACAGAGGGUUGAGAUAAGCAAUUCGGCGAGAAAGCAUAAUCAGAUGCAUUGACCUUACAGGGCUGCUCUUCCAGACACCUGGGUAUUUUAUUGGGCCACAUGAGUAAAUCACAUGAAGGAUGAACACAUGGCUGAGUUGUAAAUGUACCUAAAUACCAUUGUAAAUCCAUCAACAGUGUGAUUACACUUGCCUGGCAGUGUUACUACUCAUAUCAUAUCUGUAAUAUAUACAGUAAAAACCCAUUGACCCAUAACAUCUGAUGGUGCCAGGGUUCAAUCUGUUAGAAAAAAAGGAAAUUAAGAAAGUCCACACUCAGUCUUAGACAAGAACUUGUAUUCCAGCUCUAUUUUCUGAUCUGCCGCCCUACUCAUAUCAAUAUGGGGCGGCAGGUAGCCUAGUGGUUAGAGCGUUGGACUAGUAACCGGAAGGUUGCAAGUUCAAAACCCCCGAGCUGACAAGGUACAAAAUAUGUUGUUCUGCCCCUGAACAGGCAGUUAAGGCACUGUUCCUAUGCCGCCAUUGAAAAUAAGAAUUUGUUCUUAACUGACUUGCCUAGUUAAAUGAAGGUCAAACAAAAAAAAAUGCUAGGGUUCAAUCUGUAGGCUGCAUGUUUACACUGAUGGGGUAAUGCUGUCCAUCUGUUUACAAAUGGCUUUUCUAUCAAUGGGGUUGUAAGAGUUAUUACUCCAUAAAAUGAAUUGAAUGCCAAAGCACUAGCCUGGAUACAGAUUUGGAUUGUGAAGUGAAACUGAAGAAUUCAGUAUGGAUCCAGGCUACCAAAACACAUAGAUGGUGCUUGUUUGAAUCACUGUUGUGACAGUACUGUAUUGCUAGGAGAGUUUGUGAUAACGUUUGUGUCUCCUUCUCAAACCCCGGGGGGGACUAGAAAAAUGUGAGCAAACUAGAAAAAUAUGUUGAUGUAGUGUGUGGAUUUGUAAUGUACAUGAUUACACUCCAGUGCUACUCAUUUGAAAUACACGAUUGUGUGGUCCGUCUGAGACAUACAUCGUCUGUGCAUGCUUUGCCAACAGUACUGCAAUUCAUUUGAUCGUUGAUGUGUCUUUCGGGGAGCUGAUGCACGUCGGUCUCUCGGGAUAUAGGUGCUUUGGUUGGAUGACUUUGUUCGGGUACAAGGAUUGGGAAGAACAACUUCUACAAAACAUGUUUGAUGGCAUAACUGAAACCAAAGCUCAAAUGCAAGAUACCUGAAGUACGGUAUGUGUAGUAACUUUUAGAAAGUAAGUGCCUUACAUUUUCACUAAGACCUCGGGGACGUCUCUCACUAUGAAACCAUGCCAAAUGUAUGGUCUAAUUGAAGUUAGUAGCCUGUGUUUCUUUUGUUUGUUAUGUGUUUAUUGUCUCACUUUUAGAAUAAUACCAGCUCACUUUGUUUGCUUGUUUACAGGAGACUUUUAAUUAAACAUUUACUCCCUGUUGAUUAUUAAGACUACUGUGUAAGCUUUAUACAUGUCAAUAAAUAGAUUUAAUAGA